AUGAGGUUGCUGUCCGCGCUUUGGGCCACUCCUCCCUUCGCUGUCAGCAUUGCUGCUGCUCCGGCUCGAAAUGCGUCUCUCGAAGCUGGAAUACGUGCCACGAUGAGUGUGAGUCUUCCGGAUGGUGGCCCUCCCUCUAUUGAAACAAAUAAACGGCUAGGAGGACUGCCUAACGGUGCCUGUCCAAAGGCCCGCUGGCACCAAAGAAGGAGACAAACUGCCUGUGUUCUUCCAGAUAUUUGGGAGGGUUUGAGCUUGGGUCAACUGGCAUGUAUGACGCCACUGAUCUCCUCUCUGAAAGACCAAGAUCAGCCCUGUAUCUUUGUGGCUGUAAAUUAUCCAGUGGGCGGAUUUGGCUCCAUGCCUGGAGCUGAGAUUCUUGCCGAUGGUAGUGCCAACCUUGGGCUGCUGGUCCAUAUUGCAGCCUUUGGCGGCGAUCCGGACAAAGUCACCAUCUGGGGCGAGUCCGCGGAUGGUCUCGUAGGUGGUGGUAUCAACUCUCAUGGCAAGCCAUUAUUUCGAGAGGCUAUAAUGAACUCUGGUAGCAUAGUCCCGUCAGAGCCUAUGAGCGACCCUAAAGGACAGGCCAUAUAUGACCGGGUAGUAAAGUAG